GCUAGGAGCGACGCGCGUACAGUAUAGGAGCUUUAACGGCAGAAAGGCACGGGCUCUUCCCCGCCAUUUCCCUGUGUAGAGCCCUGGAAUGUCGAGUAGCGGCUCGGGCUCUUCCUCGCGGAAGGAGUUCGAUGUAAAACAAAUCCUCAGGAUCCGAUGGAGGUGGUUCGGUCACCCCGCGGUCCCUCCGCCUCAGUCCCCACCGCUCGGAGACUACUUUGCCGGGAGGAGGGCGGGCAGCAGCUCCGCAGAUGGACCAUCAGUAAGCGGCUCUAGCACUUCCAAUUCAGCCAGCGCGGACCCUAGCUCCGGGGGUCACAGCGGGCUGGUGGCCAGCGGUAGUGCCGGGUCUAAUCUGUGUCACGGCACGAACAGAAAGUUUGGUGAUCCGCCCGGGAGUCGGGGCGGUCCGGGUGGAGCGGCAGCUGGAGCGACGGGAAGCUCCUGUCCCCGUUCCUUCAGCCAGCCGGAGUGUAGGAGCCCUGCUGCCGCGCUGUUGUGGGUCUCUCCGCCGCCUCACCGUCGCUCCCGUCCAGCUACGAGCAUGGAGCCCCCCGGAGAGGCUCCCGUGCCCCCGCUGGUACCCGAGCCACCCGCUCCUGUCUGUGUGGAGGAGGAGGAGGCGGCGGAACUGGCAGCUUCGGGCACCGAGGAGAAUAACAACCACCUGGAAACCGACUCCAGCUCCUGCAGGACGUCCAACAGCAGCGCCACGCUCUCCUCAUGCGUGUCGAUGGAGCCAUGUGCAUGUCCAGAGGAUUGUAUGUUCACUGCUCUGUCCCACGCCGAUGUCACCUUCCGUAAGAUGGAGGGCUACCUGAGAUCCCGGCAGCUGUGUGAUGUCACACUGGUGGCUGGAGACAGAAGGAUACCUGCACAUAGGCUGGUCCUCUCAUCCGUGUCAGACUACUUUGCCGCCAUGUUCACCAGUGAUCUGAGGGAGGCCAAGCAGGACGAGGUGAAGAUUGAAGGAGUGGACCCUGAUGCAUUGUGGGUCCUGGUGCAGUAUGCAUACACAGGCCGUCUGGAGUUGAGAGAGGACACCAUUGAGUCUCUGCUGUCAGCCUCCUGCCUGCUGCAGUUGUCCUCAGUGGUUCAGGCCUGCUGUUCGUUCCUCAUGAAGCAGCUCCAUCCCUCCAACUGUCUGGGUAUCCGCUCCUACGCCGACGCUCAGGGCUGCAACGACCUUCAGAGGGCCGCUCACUCCUACACCAUGGAACACUUUUUAGAGGUGGUAGGAGGCCAGGAGUUCCUGUUGCUCCCAGUGGACGAGAUGGAGAGGCUGCUCACCUCUGAGGACAUUAAUGUGCCAGACGAGGAAACCGUGGUAACCUCUGUGCUAACAUGGGUUCGUCAUGACGCCGCCACACGGCAGCGCCACCUUCCUUCGCUGUUGGCUCAGAUCAGGCUGCCGCUGCUGCAGCCACAGUUCUUGGCAGACCUAGAGUCCAACCCUCUGCUGCAGGACAGCAUGGAGUGCCAGCGGCUGCUGAUGGAGGGGAUGAAGUAUCACCUCUUGCCUCAGCGGCAGCCCCUACUGCAGAGUCCCCGUACCCGACCCCGCAAGGCCACUGUCGGGGCCAUGUUCGCCGUAGGGGGCAUGGACGCCACAAAAGGUGCCACCAGUAUCGAGCAGUACUGUCUCCGUCAGGACACGUGGAGGCAGGUCGCCAUCAUGAGUGGACGGAGGCUACAGUUUGGUGUAGCGGUCCUUGACGGUCGUCUCUACGUGGUGGGCGGCCGAGACGGACUCAAGACCCUGAACACUGUGGAGUGCUACAACCCGCACAGCAAAACCUGGAGUGUCAUGCCUCCAAUGUCCACACACAGGCAUGGCUUAGGUGUAGCCGUCCUAGAGGGGCCCAUGUAUGCAGUAGGAGGACAUGAUGGCUGGAGCUACCUCAGCACAGUCGAAAGGUGGGACCCCCAAGCUCGCCAAUGGAGCUUUGUUGCAAGUAUGGCUACACCCAGAAGCACAGUGGGAGUAGCUGUACUCAAUGGAAAGUUGUACGCAGUAGGAGGUCGUGACGGCUCAUCCUGCCUGCGUUCAGUGGAGUGUUUCGACCCCCACACCAACAGGUGGAGUGCUUGUGCUCCUAUGGCUAAAAGGCGUGGAGGUGUGGGCGUGGCCACAUGGCAUGGCUUCCUGUACGCCAUCGGGGGUCACGAUGCUCCGGCCUCAUCCCUUGCAUCUCGGCUCAGUGACUGUGUAGAGAGGUAUGACCCUCAGACAGAUGUGUGGACGGCAGUUGCCCCCAUGAGCAUCAGCAGGGACGCGGUUGGUGUUUGUCUCCUGGGCGACCGCCUCUACGCUGUGGGCGGUUAUGACGGCCAGGUGUAUCUCAAUACUGUCGAAGCGUACGACCCUCAGACUAACGAGUGGACACAGGUAGCACCUCUGUGUCUGGGAAGGGCAGGAGCAUGUGUGGUGGCUGUCAGACUCUGAAAACUCAAACAUCAACACCCUAUGUUAGACUGUGCAUGAUGCGACUCUGAGGUCAGACCAAGAAACCAUCUGCCUGCCAUCAUGUGACCAUCACUGCGAAGUAGGAGACUGAUAAGUCAACACACUUCGGCAGAGUCAGAUUUAGCUCUCUUUAACGACUGCCUGUAGGUAAGCGAUAAAUCACGUGUCAGGUUUCUGGAAACAUUUUUGAUUUGAACAUCCUGAUAACAUCUGCCGCAGAAGUGAACCGCCAUCGACAUCCAUGAUGAAGAGGAAUAUAGUGUUUAUCUGAGCAUGAAGGAACACCUGUCGUCUCGCAGCUUAUUUUCUUGCCUAUUAUUUUGUUCCUGCAGACAAGGCGGGACACACAUGCACAAAACCUACAUGGUUGCUCUCAGCUUGUGUUUCUGCUGACAGAAAGGUGAGAGAGACAGAGAGAGGUUGUCAAGAGGCUGUUCGAGGGGCCUCAUCAUUUUACGCUCUCGUUUCUCCUAACAGUAUCUGAUGCUGUGCAUUGAUGCUAUUUUAAUAUAGUCCCUAUUAUUUUAUGCUGCAGUCUGCGAGUUGCUCUCCUCCUCUUUCAUUCCCGCCUGCUGACAGAUGAAAGAAAGACUUUUGACAUAAUCAGCACAAGCUUAUGAACAGCCCUACUGUAUGAAACUGUGACACUCUUGUUUCUUUUCAGUCAAAAACAUAUCAUAAUGCUUUUUUUCAAAUAUUUUAGUUUAUGUCUUCCAUCAGCUCACAUCUGGAGCAUACAGUAUACUAUGACAACUAUUUUUAUUGUAGCUUUUCUUACAAGCUACAAUGAUAUAAUAUCCUACUUUUUUUUACCAUUGUUCUCAUUAUUGAGUUCAAUUUAGCACUGCUAUGCAGUUUCUAACCAGAGAAGUAAUAAUGCAAGUAACUGGGGCCAUUUGUUGAUCCAACUUCCCACAGGGUCAACUAUCUACAAACAUGGUUUUAUACAGGGUCAGUAUAAGCUUUGUGUGUGUGUGUGUGUGUGUGUGUGUGUGUGUGUGUGUGUGUGUGUGUGUGUGUGUGUGUGUGUGUGUGUGUGUGUGUGUGUGUGUGUGUGUGUGUGUGUGUGUGUGUGUGUGUGUGUGUGUGUGUGUGUGUGUGUGUGUGUGUGUGUGUGUGUGUGUGUGUGUGUGUGUGUGUGUGUGUGUGUGUGUGUGUACAUGUGUUUUUUCAGAGAUUGCAAGAAGUAUAUUUUUAUCUUCCCCCCUCCCCUCUCCACAUCCUCAAUUCCCUGCUGUUUUCUCUUCAUUCCCAUUUUCCCAUUUCGUCACCACACACACACACACAUGCACACACUCACACCACUACAUUUUAUUGCAGAAUUGGAUACCCAGACGAAAUGAACACCACAUCAUAUAAUGAAACCUUGAUCCAGCUGGUGCCAAUGUGUUGUUUGAUGUUGAGUUCAAAGCUGUUAUUAUUAGAUCUGAUUCUGCUGCGGACAAAGUGUAAAAUAGGCAAUGUGAAUACUGUGAAACAACCUCAUAUGUUCAUAUUUGUGGGCAUGUUUUUGUGAACUUGCAGGUUCAAUGCCACCAGCAUUUUGUGCUGUAUACUUAAUUUUGUAUUUUCUCUAUUAGGCUCAACCUGCUUCUCUGGUUUGUGUGUGUACUUUACGGCAAAGCAGCCUUCCCGUCUGAACUGACAUAUCUAGAGCUAAUGUAGCCCCCAGGAUGCACUUCACAAACACACGGGCAUAUCACACACACACACACACACACACACACACAUACAAAUACACACUUAACCACACAGCUGAAAGCCAAGUGCCCCAGGAGCCAGUGAAGAUUGAAACGCCUUCCAGAUUUGCAGGCAUGACAUCUUAAAAGCAGAGACUGCAGGAUAACGAUUCCCCACAGCUGAGCCGAUGUUUAUUCAAGCCUAAUGCACCACUGCAUUAUUCCAUUUUCUUCCCCUUCAUACAGCUGCGUAUUUAGAGAGUAAUUCUCUUUAGAUCAGAGCAGAAGAAGUGUGUCACCUCCACUGUGUAGAGGUAGUCAGAGAGUUUUAUCUCGGUCAGAGGUUAAAAAUAAAAACAGACAUUCCAAAUCAUGUUAUUUACUCUGUGUAUAUUCUGUACAUAUUAAAUAUAAAAUCUGUAUGUAGUCUAAUUACAUUAUGCUGUAUAUUAUACAGCGCCAAAUAAAUCUAUCAUGUGUUAUUGUGCGUUUCUGUUUUGUAUUAUGAAUUGAGAGGAAGCCGGGGUGUAAUAAAAUGACACUGAGAAAUGG